AUGUUGGGCAAACAUUCCAAGUUGAUUUUCGCAGUGUCCAUGGGAUUUUUAGUGGUAGCCGUUAUAAUGGCGGCUUGGGGCUUCCAGAAAAUUGUUGAUAAACAAAUACAAAAAAAUGUGCAACUAGAGAAUAAUUCAAUGAUGUUCGACAAAUGGCUGAAGCUGCCGAUGCCGUUGGAGUUCAAAGUAUACAUAUUUAACGUUACCAACGUGGAAGAAGUGAACCAAGGGGAGAAACCUAUACUUAAUGAAAUUGGACCUUAUGUCUACAAGCAAUAUCGAGAGAGAACUAUCUUAGGAUACGGCCCUAAUGACACGAUCAAAUAUAUGCUACGUAAACGCUUCGAGUUCGAUCCCGAGGCCUCGGGGGAUCUCACUGAGCACGAUGAAGUUACCGUCAUCAACUUCUCAUACUUGGCUGCUGUACUAACAGUCCACGAUAUGAUGCCAAGUUUCGUAGGAAUGGUCAACAAAGCGCUGGAGCAGUUCUUCCCAAGCCUCGAGGACGCCUUCCUGAGGGUCAAAGUGAAAGACCUCUUCUUCGACGGCAUCUACUUGAACUGUGAUGGCGAUAAUGCUGCUCUGGGUCUAGUUUGCGGUAAAAUAAAGAGUGACACACCUCCAACUAUGCGACCAGCUGAAGGAGCGAAUGGCUUCUAUUUCUCUAUGUUUUCACAUAUGAACCGCACAGAAACAGGUCCAUACGAGAUGAUUCGAGGACGGGAGAAUAUGUACGAACUUGGCAACAUCGUCUCCUAUAAAGAACAGAAGGUGAUGCCUAUGUGGGGUGACAAAUACUGCGGGCAGAUCAACGGAUCAGACUCCUCUAUAUUCCCUCCGAUCAAGGAGGGUAAUGUGCCGAAGAAGCUGUAUACUUUUGAACCCGAUAUUUGCAGGUCCGUCUAUGUGGAUCUAGUUGGUAAGAAAGAAAUCUUCAACAUCAGCGCGUAUUACUACGAGAUCUCGGAGUCAGCGUUUGCAGCGAAAAGUGCCAAUCCGAACAACAAAUGUUUUUGUAAAAAGAACUGGAGUGCAAACCAUGACGGUUGUCUUCUGAUGGGUCUGCUGAACUUGAUGCCGUGUCAGGGUGCUCCAGCCAUCGCCUCUCUACCUCACUUCUUCCUUGGCUCCGAAGAACUACUGGAGUACUUCGGAUCAGGCAUCAUGCCGGACAAGGAGAAGCAUAAUACUUACGUUUAUAUUGACCCGACGAGUGGUGUGGUGCUGUCUGGUCUAAAGCGGCUUCAAUUUAACAUAGAGCUGCGCCAGAUUGACACAGUUCCUCAACUGAAGAGAGUACCAACUGGAUUGUUCCCCAUGCUGUGGUUAGAAGAAGGGGCCACAAUACCAGCGUCAAUUCAACAAGAACUACGCGACUCCCACAAGCUCAUAGGCUACGUGGAAGUAGCUCGAUGGUUCCUUUUGACAGCUGCCAUAAUAGCAGUUGUGACGUCAGCCGUAGCGGUGGCGAGAGCAAACGCGCUGCUCUCGUGGCCACGAAAUAGUAACUCAGUUAGCUUUAUAUUAGGUCCUAGUGUUACCCAGGUGAAUAAAGGAAAUUGA